AGCGCCUGCGCGCCGCACCCUGACCCCGCCCCUUUUCGACCCAUCCGGCAUAAGCUUCCGGUUCCUAGGCUGGAUUGGCGGUGAGCGGAGCCUGAGGUGGCUGCGACCUUCCGGAGGGUCCUUGCUGGAGAUGGACAACCGGAUUCCUUAUGAUGACUACCCAGUGGUUUUCCUGCCUGCCUAUGAGAAUCCUCCAGCAUGGAUUCCUCCUCAUGAGAGGGUAUACCACCCAGACUACAAUAAUGAGUUGACCCAGUUUCUGCCCCGAAUUGUCACACUGAAGAAACCCCCUGGAGCUCAGUUGGGGUUUAACAUCCGAGGAGGAAAGGCCUCCCAGCUAGGCAUCUUCAUCUCCAAGGUCAUUCCCGACUCUGAUGCCCAUCGAGCAGGACUUCAGGAAGGGGACCAAGUCCUAGCUGUGAAUGAUGUGGAUUUCCAAGAUAUUGAGCACAGCAAGGCUGUUGAGAUCCUGAAGACAGCCCGUGAAAUCAGCAUGCGUGUCCGCUUCUUUCCCUACAAUUAUCAUCGUCAAAAAGAGAGGACUGUGCACUAGAGAGUUGCAGCCCACAGCCUUCCACACGGAAUCUUCUAGGAUAAGCUGGCUAGGCCUCAGGGAAGCCACUUGGGGAACUUUGCUCUCAGCCCCAUCCUGGCAUAGUGGAAUGGGGAGGAUGGGGAGACAGUGCUGCCCUGCACUGAGCUAGCUAGCCAACUGUAUUACCCAAACUACUGCCCUUUUAGUUCCCUAGUUUUCUAGGUGAGCUCCAUUCCCUGAGAGGAGAAGGGUGAUGAUGUCUAAGUAUAGCCUAACCUGUGGAGAACCCUGCUAGAAAAGGCAACUGACAUUUAUUGAAUACCGUGUGCUAGGCAAUUGUACAUAUGUCAUAUCAUUUUCACUAGAGUAUACAAAUCAGUAGAGAAAGGAAUCUUGAGGACCUUCUAUCUAAUCUGCCUGGCCAUCUCAUCCCAUCCUUAUACUGCCAGGCUUAUACACUUCAGAGACUCCAGUGGGACCCUAUUUUUACUGCCUCCCUCCUGUCCUCUCCCCAAGAAAGUAAAAUGCAGUGCUGAGGAAAUGUUGGUGUGAUUUUUGGAUGAUACUGGUAUAAAAUACUGUUGAGUCAAAAAUAAAAGCUCUUCCAAAGAGAGGAGCCACUGGAA